UCGUCUACGUCAUCACUUACGUACUUCCUGGCACACUUCCUCAGCAGCGUGCUAGCUGCUAGUCAGCGGCGAGCGUGGCUGUUCAUAAGUAGUUUGAGAAAUGUUGAGCGGCAGGACGAGCGCGCUGGUCGCCGGGGUGUGUGGUGCUCUUUUCAUCGCAUACUGUGUUUACUUUGACAGGAAGCGGCGGAGUGACCCCCGUUUCAAGGAAAAGUUACGUGAGCGUCGACGAAAGCAAAAGGUUUCCAGUGAGAAGACUGGGCUUACAAAGCUGCCGAACUUGAAGGACGAAGAAGCUGUCCAGAAAUUCUUCUUGGAGGAAAUCCAGCUGGCAGAGGAGCUCCUAGCACAAGGUGAAUUUGACAAAGGUGUAGACCACCUGACCAAUGCCAUUGCAGUAUGUGGUCAACCUCAGCAGCUACUUCAGGUGCUUCAGCAGACGCUGCCUGCUCCAGUCUUCCAAAUGUUGCUCACCAGACUACCCAGCAUCAGCCAGCGACUCAUCGGCACUCAGUCUUUAGCAGAAGAUGACGUCGAAUGAACGUAUGUGUGUGAAUGAGAUGGAAAUCUAUGAGGGAAGGGGGGUUUUAGACACUAUCACUGCUGCACGGUUCAGUUGCUUGCGAAUUCUGAGCUUCACUGGCCAUCGGUUGAGAUGAAUUUCCCUCCAUCACAGCACUUUGAGGUGGAUGAACGUCUGCCAGGUUACAUUUAUCGAAAUGCAUUCCUCCUUUCCAACAUAUCGGUUAUUAUGUAGCCAUUUGUUUGUAUUUAAAGUGCAACCUAAGUAUGUAAACAGGAAUGUAGACGGUUUGUUCUGUUUGUGACUUGGACUGAAGUGAGUCUGUCUACAGAACACUUGCUUGUGGUGUAAUGUUUAUAUAAAUGAUUUUGCAGGUUAAUUAAUAUGUACUUUUUAAAAAACAAAAAACAAAGGCAUUCCAGUCUUUCACCUGGGUUUUUGUUUUUUGUGUCUGUGUAAUACUACAAUAAAACAUGAUAACAUGU